AUGGACACUGGCGGCGAACCAUCUCUAUCUCCAUCUCCAGAGGAGGCCGAAGAAUGCCUGGCCAUCUUCCGGACCCAGAUGUUGAGAUACUUGGCCUUUCUUCAUCUUCCGCCCGACAUGUCUGCUCAGCAGCUCCACGCACAACGGCCGUUUCUAUUUCUCUGCAUCACCACUGUCACUACAAAGUCGACCGAAAAGAGACAGGCGUUUGGUCACGAGGUCAGGCAGACGAUAGCACGGCGCAUGUUAAUCGAGGACGGACAAAACAUCGACAUCGACAUCGACCUGCUGCUCGGCCUUCUGGUCUUCUUGGCGUGGGGAAACGAUCAAUUAUACAAUAUAAACCGAAAGAUCUUGUUCCGCUUCACUCACUUUGCAAUGAUCAUGGUGUUCGAGCUCCGUCUGAACAAGCCGUGGCCGCCGAAAGACACAAACAUGCUCUCCGCCGUCAAUGUCCCCGCACCGGCUACUCAUACCAUGGAGGAGCGACGGGCAGUCCUGGCUUGCUUUCUGAUGAGCUCAUGCGUUUCUUCAUUCUUUGCACAGACCGACGCCAUGCGAUGGACACCCUACUUGGACGAGUGCCUGGACCUCCUCGGCAGAAGUCAGGAAGCCCCGUCCGACGAAAUAUUUGCGCACCAGGUCCGGCUACAACUGUUCUCCCACCGCGUACGACAAGUCAUGUGGCCAGCUGGAGAAGGGGAACUGGCCGACGGGCCGACUGUGCCCCCCAGUUUCUAUUUACAGACCCUUCAGUGGAAAUUAGGGGAAUUGAAGAGCGCUUUCUCUCCUCGGCUCCAGCACGACAGUAAGUGCUCCCCCGGCCCCCCGGUUGUGGAGAGAAAUCAUGUCACCAACGACUCCAACUCAUUAGGGAUUCUUCUUGCAUCCGUGUAUCAUUCCGAACUGAGUAUCCACGAGGUGGCACUCCAGAAGACGCCCAUCACCGUGGACGGCCCCGGGUUCCGGCGACUGGAGGCUCUCUACAAGUGUCUGAGCACUGUCAAAUUGGCAUUGGACAACUUUUUCUCCUUGCCCCUGUCCGAAUACCCCUACGUGUCCUUUCCCUACUUCGCCCAGGUUUGCCACAGUAUCGUGAUUUUGUUCAAACUCACCACCCUCGAUGAUCCAGCGUGGGACACUGGACUCGUCCGGUCCACGGUCGACCUGGGCCUGGUCCUGGAUCAGUUUAUUCACAACCUGAACCAGGCGAGCGCCACCGGUGAAGAUGGCUCCGUGAACGGCAUCUAUGCCAAAACCGCCAAGAUGUUCAUGUCUGUUAAAUCGUGGUACGCUGCAAAACGGGUAGCAGAUCCUGUCCAGUCUGACGACUCUGCCUUUCCCAUGGCAGAUGAGAAUAGCCUUUUGCAGGAGCCCAUGAUUUUGGACGAUCUGGACGACGUGUGGUUGAGAGAUGUCCUGGGAUCUUGGACCGGUUGA